AUGUCAAGUGCGGAAUUAGUACCUUUAGAGCAUUUCCAGGAGUACAGAGUUGAGCUUAAAGGGUUAAAGCCGGUGGUACUUGGGUGGAGGAGCUCAGGUGAAUGGGCCGACAUUACACAUUUACGGAUUAACUUUAGUAAUUUGAAUUUCCUGGGCGAGGAUUCCCAGGAGUUUUUGGACUCUGACCACCGACUCAAAGUCCAGGGCGUAAUCCUCAGAAUAAUGUUUUUCAUUGAGUGUUUCGAGUUAAAGUACGACGGGAGUCUUAUUUGGCGUUACUUUGAAGAAGACGACUUUGGAUUCCCCGUAGGACUACUGAUCAACUAUGAAAAUAACUCACUGAGUCUUUUAUACAAGAACGAGCGCGUUAAGCCGCUUAAUAUCAGAGCUUUCAACUUUGCGGCCGGUAGGAAAGUGCGUAAACUGACCAGAGUCAUGGACUUGUGUGCGAAUCCAAAGACCACAGACUCGUUAAACAGCGAGUUUAAAACUGAUGAAGAAAAGCUUAAGGAGCCGGAGGAGAUUGAUGGAAAAAAGGAUAAAAUCCCAAUGUGGAGUUCAGAGGAGGACGACUCUAAAGCCACGUCCGUAGUCCAUGACAAGAAGAACAACAUCGUCACAAUUAAAUUUGAUGACAAAGUUAUCAUUUGUAAGAAGGAGCUGGGCGAGUGGACUCGAACUACCAUCAGGAUCCCUAGGGAACUUUUAAUCUUAGAUAAAAGUAACGAGCGAAUAAGCACGUCAAAAUACGAUUUAAGCGCUGAAGGUGAUAAUUUCCUGAUUGAUUUCAGGAAUAAGCUAACCCUGGGCUCGAUAAAACAUAACAAGAAAACACUUUGGAAAAGGUUAUCAGGUCGUCCACAGCCUCUGUCACUAAUGUACAAGAGAAAUAAGAGAAUUGUAUUCCGUUUUGAAGAUGUGUUGAUCGCGUGUUACUUGGAUAAUGGCCGCUGGACUCGGAGGAGGUUUAAAUUACCACCACUCAGACUCUGUGACAUGUCAUUUUUCAGUACCGUUUCGGAAAUUGAACCCUGUGACUACAAUGUUCUUCUCGAGCCUUUUAACGGCUUUACUUAUAAUUUGAAACCUGGAACUGACUUUUCUCUAAUCGCCUAUGGCAGUAGUGUUAUUUGGAAGUUAAGACAAGAUGAAAUGAUCCCAACCGCAGUUACAUGCUACCCCGAGGACGGGAUAAUCUACGUCUACUACGAGAAACAGUUUUUCGUACACAUUAAAGAUUCAUCCGAUAACUGGUCCGAAUACGUAUAAUAUCAAAUGAACAAUCAUGUAACAUAGG